CCUAGAAAGUCUUAGUCUCUUAAAACUCGCAUAAAAACAAAACAAAAACUGUAACUCAGAGAAGCUCUCAACUCAACCAUGUCCGACGAGGAGCACCACUUUGAAUCAAAGGCUGAUGCUGGAGCCUCCAAAACUUUUCCUCAACAAGCUGGAACCAUCCGCAAGAAUGGAUAUAUUGUCAUCAAGAACCGUCCUUGCAAGGUGGUUGAAGUUUCCACUUCAAAGACCGGAAAACAUGGACAUGCAAAGUGCCACUUUGUAGGAAUCGAUAUCUUUACUGGGAAGAAGCUUGAAGAUAUUGUUCCUUCAUCCCACAACUGUGAUGUUCCUCAUGUUAAUCGAACUGACUAUCAGCUGAUUGAUAUCUCUGAAGAUGGUUUUGUGAGUCUUCUCACUGAAAAUGGGAGCACCAAGGAUGAUUUAAGGCUUCCCACUGAUGAAAACCUGCUUACCCAGAUUAAAGAUGGGUUUGCCGAAGGAAAGGACCUCGUGGUGUCUGUUAUGUCUGCAAUGGGAGAGGAGCAGAUCUGUGCCCUUAAGGACAUUGGUCCGAAGUAAGAAUAUUAAAUAUGAUGCUAUGGUAUUAGCUGUAGCUGAUUGUAAAAGAACUCUUCAUAUGUUGUGAACAUGGAGAUUAUCUACUAUCCAUGAGUACAACAAACUUCUAUUAAGAUAGUACAGGUUUGUGAUAAACAAAAUGGAAAGAGAAUAGGCGUUGCCAAUCUCAUGAUGAACAAUGUUUAUGCUGACAACAUGGUGGGUUUAUAUAUAGUAUUCUAUUCUAUUA